CACACCUUAGCGAGCGAGACGAUCGAGAGGCUGCCGUACGUGCCGGUCUCUCUCGUCGGCGGCGAUGUUUCUGGUGGAUUGGUUGUGCGACUUGUUUGUCUCCCUGCGGCGGCUGUGGCAGAAGGAGGCCAAGAUCCUCUUCCUCGGCCUCGACAACGCCGGCAAGACCACGCUGCUCCACAUGCUCAAGGACGAGAGGUUGAGUCAGCACGCGCCGACGCAGCUCCCGACGUCGGAGGAGCUGAGCAUCGGGCGGAUCAAGUUCAAGGCGUUCGACCUCGGCGGCCACCGGAUCGCGCGCCGUGUCUGGAAGGACUACUACGCCAAGGUUGACGCGGUGGUGUACAUGGUGGACGCUGCCGACGGCGGCCGUUUUGACGAGUCGAAGACGGAGCUCGGCGCGCUGCUGUCGGACGACGCUCUGGCCGGCGUGCCGUUCCUCGUGCUGGGGAACAAGAUUGACAUUCCGCAGGCAGCGCCCGAGCAUGCGCUUGCCUACUACCUCGGGCUCACCGGCUGCACCACCGGCAAGGGCACCGUGGACCUCGCCGGCACCGGAGUGCGCCCCGUCGAGGUCUUCAUGUGCAGCGUCGUCCGUAAAAUGGGCUAUGGCGAAGGGUUCAAGUGGAUGUCGCAGUACAUCAAUUAAGUAGGCUGGCACAGCAAUACAAUUACAUUUUUCCUACCUCUGAGAGCUCUGACUCGCUCAGACGAUUUAUCUACUACGAGUCCGUGACUAUUAUUCAGAAAACCUCUUAGUAGUGAUUACAUACUAGUGUUUGACGCGCGCCCAUGGGCGCGUGUUCAACUAUGUUAGUAUAAAUAGACAGGUUGUUGGAAGCAUUAGUGCUGAGAAAAUUUCUUAGUACUUGUCACAUUCUUUAUCUGGCAAGAUGGCAGUAAUAAUACAUAAGGGAGAAUUUUGUA